UUUCCCAGGAGGCUGCGGGAUGGCCGCCUGCUAGGGGGCGGUGCCUUCCAUCGGUACAGUCAUCUCUCUGCUUGUUCGGCGGGACUGAUGGCCGGAGAGAUGACGAUCUUAGGUUCAGCUGUUUUGACUCUCCUGUUGGCUGGCUACUUGGCACAACAGUAUUUACCACUGCCUACUCCAAAAGUGAUUGGCAUUGACCUGGGUACCACAUAUUGUUCCGUUGGUGUGUUUUUCCCUGGGACAGGAAAAGUGAAGGUGAUUCCAGAUGAAAAUGGGCAUAUCAGCAUACCUAGCAUGGUGUCUUUCGCGGAUGGUGAUGUGUAUGUGGGCUAUGAAAGCCUCGAGCUGGCAGAUUCAAACCCUCAGAACACAAUAUAUGAUGCAAAAAGAUUCAUAGGUAAGGUUUUCACCCCGGAAGAGUUGGAGGCUGAAGUUGGCAGAUAUCCAUUUAAGGUUUUGCACAAAAAUGGAAUGGCUGAGUUUUCUGUGACAAGUAAUGAGACCAUCAUCGUUUCCCCAGAAUAUGUCGGCUCUCGGUUGCUGCUGAAACUAAAGGAAAUGGCGGAGGAGUACCUCGGAAUGCCAGUUGCCAAUGCUGUCAUUUCCGUACCAGCAGAAUUUGACCUAAAACAGAGAAAUUCAACAAUCCAAGCUGCCAGCCUUGCCGGACUGAAGAUCUUGAGAGUAAUAAAUGAGCCAACAGCAGCAGCGAUGGCCUAUGGUCUCCACAAGGUUGACGUCUUCUACGUGUUGGUCAUAGACUUGGGUGGAGGAACUCUUGAUGUGUCGUUACUAAAUAAACAAGGAGGGAUGUUUCUAACACGAGCAAUGUCUGGAAACAAUAAACUUGGAGGACAAGACUUCAAUCAGAGGCUGCUUCAGUAUUUAUAUAAACAGAUUUAUCAAACAUAUGGCUUUCUCCCUUCCAGGAAAGAGGAAAUCCACAGAUUAAGGCAAGCUGUGGAAAUGGUCAAAUUAAAUUUGACCCUUCAUCAGUCAGCCCAGGUAUCAGUUUUACUCACUGUAGAGGAAAAAGACAGCCAGAAACCUCAGAAUGGUGACUCUGAACUGCCAAAAGACCAGCUUACCCCAGGGGAUGGUCACCAUGGGAACAAAGUGUUUAGACCUGGCCUUUCUGAAAGCAAGAGUGGAAAAGGCCAGGUUUUAUUUGAGAUGGAGGUAUCCCGCAAGCUCUUUGAUUCCCUCAAUGAAGAUCUCUUUCAGAAAAUCCUUGUGCCCAUUCAGCAAGUAUUAAAAGAAGGCCACUUAGACAGGACUGAAAUUGAUGAGGUGGUCCUGGUUGGGGGCUCUACUCGUAUUCCUCGGAUCCGCCAAGUCAUUCAGGAGUUCUUUGGGAAAGACCCCAACACAUCUGUAGACCCUGACUUGGCAGUGGUGACAGGAGUGGCCAUCCAAGCUGGAAUUGAUGGAGGCUCUUGGCCUCUCCAAGUUAGUGCUUUAGAGAUUCCCAAUAAGCAUUUACAGAAAACCAACUUCAACUGAACUCUGAGGGAGAGCCUGUGACUGUGGUCUUGUCUGUGAUGUUCAUGGUCUCCGUUGUGAAGCCUCCUCCAGAAAAGAAGUACAUGAAGUCCCUCACAGAUUCUCCCCAGGAUAUUUAUACAGGGAAAUUUUACAUAGUGUUUUGUUUUAGAAUUGAAUAUUACCAGAUGGGUCCUGCUUGGUGUGGAAAAAAAUCUCAUAGUAUUUCUAAAGAGACAGAGUUGAGGAAGAGCUCUACUCUGUAUUCUGGAAGUAGGGAGCCAUCCACACUUACUAUUCUGGAAACAUUAAAUAGUGCCAACGAUAAGGCCCCAGUUCUUACUGAAUUUUAUUAGUAGGGGCUGAUAAUUCUGUACUUGGGUAUCACAUGUAAUUCUUAAUUUGACCAAUACUUGAAGGACUGUUGAUGUCAGGUAUUUACAUCGGCUUGGGGAUAGCAGUAUUAAACUGCAUAGAUAGUAUUCAUCAACUGCCAUAUAAACUGUACUUUCAAAAAUCCACUAUCUUUUUACAUGUUAUAUUUUACAGAUUUUAAUGUAUUUAAAAAUAUCA